UGCCGAAUUUCUUUGAAGUAUUUAGUUAAUAACUGCAGAUAUGGCUGCUAUCAGUUUGUUAAAUCCUAAAGCUGAAUUCGCAAGGGCGGCCCAAGCUUUAGCCGUAAACAUAUCAGCCGCAAAAGGUAUCCAAGAUGUCAUGAAAACUAACCUCGGCCCUAAGGGAACAAUGAAAAUGUUGGUAUCAGGCGCCGGAGACAUCAAGAUCACAAAGGAUGGCAAUGUGCUGCUCCACGAGAUGCAGAUCCAGCACCCGACAGCGUCGCUGAUUGCGCGCGCCUCGACCGCACAGGACGACGCUACGGGCGACGGCACCACAUCCACCGUGCUGCUCAUCGGGGAACUGUUGAAGCAAGCUGACAUUUAUAUUAGUGAAGGUCUCCACCCUAGGAUCCUAACAGAAGGUUUUGAUGUUGCUCGCAAUAAGGCUCUGGAAAUUUUAGAAAACAUGAAGGUCCCCAUUGAGAUCAAGCGUGAAAACUUGCUGGAUGUUGUCCGCACAUCCUUGAAGACUAAGGUGCACGCCAGUCUCGCUGAAGUGUUGACGGACGCGUGCGUGGACGCGGUGCUGGCCAUCCGCACGCCCGGCAAGCCCGUCGACCUGCACAUGGUGGAGCUCAUGGAGAUGCAGCACAAGACCGCCACCGAGACCACACUCGUCAGAGGUCUCGUGUUAGACCACGGCGCGCGCCACCCGGACAUGCCCAAGCGCGUGGAGAACGCCUACAUCCUCACCUGCAACGUGUCGCUGGAGUACGAGAAGACCGAGGUCAACUCCGGCUUCUUCUACAAGUCGGCCGAGGAACGCGAGAAGCUGGUCGCCGCAGAGAGGGACUUCAUCGACCAGAGGGUCCAGAAGAUUAUCGCCCUAAAGAAGAAAGUAUGCGACGGCACGGACAAGACGUUCGUCGUCAUCAACCAGAAGGGCGUGGACCCGCUGUCGCUCGACGCCUUCGCCAAGGAGGGCAUCGUGGCGCUCCGCCGCGCCAAGCGCCGCAACAUGGAGCGCCUCGCGCUCGCGUGCGGCGGCCAGGCCAUGAACUCCGUCGACGACCUGCAGGAGGAACACCUUGGCUACGCCGGGCUCGUCUACGAACACAUCCUCGGUGAAAACAAGUUCACCUUCGUCGAGGAGUGCAAGAACCCGCUAUCCGUCACCAUCCUCAUCAAGGGACCGAAUAAGCACACGCUGUCUCAAAUCAAGGAUGCUAUCCGCGACGGUCUCCGAGCUAUCAACAACACUAUUGAAGACAAGGCGGUCAUCCCCGGCGCUGCAGCCUUUGAAAUUAAAGCUAAUGUUGAACUGCAGAAGUUCAAAGACACUGUUAAAGGAAAGGCCCGUCUCGGCAUCCAGGCUUACGCGGAGGCGUUACUCAUCAUUCCCAAAACUCUAGCGAUCAACUCCGGAUACGACGCGCAAGAUACCAUCGUGAAACUGCAAGAGGAGUCGCGCUUGAGCCCCGACCCGGUUGGCUUGGACCUGAGCACCGGCGAGGCCAUCAAGCCUAUGGAUCUUGGAAUUGUUGACAACUACAUUGUCAAGAAGCAGAUCCUGAACUCGUGCUCCGUGAUCGCCAGCAACCUCCUCCUCGUCGACGAGAUCAUGAGAGCUGGCAUGAGCAGCCUCAAGGGAUAGUCGCCAAUUAUUUUUUGUGGUGUAAAAAUAAUGUCUCAAAAUAAUGAUUUCGCUUUAUUGAGAAUAAUUUUAGUUUGUUCAACAAUAUUUUGGUUUAAAUAACAUUGCAUUUAAUGUUACUACAUAUAUUCUUAUACUCUUUCACUUUUGCAUAAAUGCUGUUCACAAGUAUUAAUAUUAAAAAUAAAUAUAACUAACAUUGA